GGUACCCGACGCGGACCUCCCGGGGUUGUCAGCCUCGGCAAUGCCUUUCAGUCGCUCAGUGAUAGGCAUUCCUAUGAGCCAAUCGGAGGCGCCCAUGGUGUGGCCAAUAGGGAGCUGCCGCAGGCGGGCUGGGCGGGCCGGUUAGAUUUGGCGGUUCGACUUCAAGAUGGCCGAGGCAAGUAACCUAUCGGCGGGUGGACCCUAUGAGAACAGCGGGCCUGAGGGGUCGCCUUCUGAACCUGUGCCACCAGGCGCUACCGUUUCGAGGGUGAAGCUUCUCGACACCAUAGUGGACACCUUUCUCCAGAAGCUAGUCGCCGCCGGGAGCUACCAGAGAUUCACUGACUGUUACAAGCACUUCUACCGGUUACAGCCUGAGAUGACACAGCGAAUCUAUGACAAGUUUAUAACUCAGUUGCAGACAUCUAUUCGGGAGGAAGUCUCAGAAAUAAAAGAGGAAGGGAACCUGGAAGCUGUCUUGAAUGCCUUGGAUAAAAUUGUGGAAGAAGGCAAAGCCCAAAAGGAACCAGCCUGGCGCCCCAGCGGGAUUCCGGAGAUGGACCUGCACAGCACCAUCGCACCCUACUUCUUGCAGCAACGGGAUACCCUGCAGCGGUGUGUGCAGAAGCAGGAGGCUGAGAACCGGCAGCUUGCAGAUGCCAUCCUGGCUGGGCGCAAGCAAGUAGAGGAGCUGCAGCUCCAGAUCCAGGCCCGGCAGGAGGCCUGGCAGGCUUUACACAGAGAACAGAGGGAGCUGCUGGCUGUGCUGAGAGAGCCUGAGUGAGGAGAUGGCUGGGCCCAGAAGCAGAGGGCAGUCAAGGUCGAGGGCAAGGCCUUUGGUCCAGCACGCUAAGCCUGGGCAAGCAGCCUCCAAGGCAGGAGUCCUCAAACUACAGCCCACGGGCCACAUGCAGCUCG